AUGUUGGAGCAGUCCUUACUGGACAAGGACAAAUUGAUUGCCAGUUUGCGUCACCAGCUCGCAACUGUGGGGGAUCGAGCCAGCACCAUCGCAGGGGAGAAAAGCCUGCAGCAGAGACUGGCGGCCGCUGAGGCCGUGAGGCGUGCUCUCGAGGGCCAAGUUGAGGAGCUGCUGGAUGAGAAGCGGUACUCGAGUGCCAAGGAAGGGCGAUCCUCGCAACCCCCGGUUCAGAGCGCGCCCCAGCAUGACGUCAACCAGCUCAGUGGCCGGUGCGCAGCCCUCACGGCGGAGCUCAAGCGACUCCAGAGCGAAUGUGCGACCCAAACGGCAGAGUACGGACAGAGGAUGCUGGAGAUGGAGGAGAACUGCCACCGUAAAGUUGCCGACCUGCGUAAAGGUCACGAGGCGACCGUCCUAGAGUUGCAGGCGGACUUCGCGGUUCGGAUAAGCAAGGCGGAGCAGGACGCUGCGAACCGGUUGCGAGAUGCUGAAGCUCUCCUGGAAAGGAAGCGUCAGGAGAUGGAGCAAGCAUACGAAGACAAGUUGCGCGUGCGGGACGGCGAGAGGGUUCGUUUGAUUGAGCAGUUGAACGGGUGCACCGCCACUUGUCGUCAGCUGGAAGAGCGGCAGGUGUACUUGACGAAUAGGGUACGCGAGCUCGAGUCGCUUCUUGCGUGUGCAAGCCAGCAGGAAGUGUGUGACAUGAUGGAGGAACGCCUUGUCAAGCUCAGCGGUUUGGUGCGGACGAAGGAGGACGAGAAUGCGGCUCUCAGGCAGGAGCUAGAGGUUGGUUCAUUCUCCGCUAUUUUUUGGAGUGACCGCGUUCAUCGUCCAGUUGCAACGGCAGGGCUCCUUCUUACCCUAUGA